AAUUUAUUAUUAUUAUUAUUUUCUCUUUCUUUCUUUUUCUUUUUUUACUCUUUUUGCCAAUGAAGGAAUAAUGAAUUAUUUACUACUUGUUUUUUCUCUUCUUGUGUCUAUCUUUAUCGCCAAAGCAAAUCAAGUAGUGAUUGAAUGCAAAUUUCCGUGUACAAAUAGUGAUGAAAUAUGUGAAGUCUCGAGUAAUUUUGUCAAGUGCACACAAAAAACAAAUAGUACAAAGUGGAUAUUAAAGAAUGCCAUGUCUUUACCUGAAUAUCAAGGAACAGCAGUACAGAUUGGUCAGACAUGUACGCCAGCACCUUUGCCUUAUUUAAAAGACGCUUCUCACUUAGCAACCAACGCAAGUGAGACUAUCAUCAACUGGCCAUCUCGAGAUUAUGAUGCUUACUUUAGUAAUUGCGAUGCUGAUCUCUAUUGCGAUCGAGCUAAUGUCUGUGUCAAGAAGCUACAACAAGGCUCUGUAUGUGAGUCUGAUAACCAGUGUCUUCAUGGCAUCUGCAGUCAAAGCACUUGUCAAGCAAGUCCAAGCAGUAAUGGCUCAAGUCAUAUUGUGUUCAAUACCAUUCAUAUUGUCGUCACUGUCAUUGGGAUAUUGUUGUUCUUUGGCGUCAUGUUUGCUGUCUAUAUGUUUGGACGAAGAAGAAGACUGCAAAAAGAAAAAAAAUUGGCCGAGAAAAAAUUCGAAUCUGGCGGAGACCAGCCCAGCAGAUCCAAUUCGUCUUCGUCCAAUGCUACUCGUAUUGCACAUACACGCGCUUCUUCCACAACGACAUUGCAUUCACAUCCCAAUAAUGCGGUGACCAACAUGCUUCAUCCAGACUAUGAAUCUCAUUUUAUGACAACAGAAGCACCUAUCGCAUCGCUUUCUCCUUCCAUGCCAAAUCCGUAUAAUCAUAAUCAUACACCUAGUAUGCAACAACAACAACUUCAAUAUCAACUACAGAGACAACUCUUGAUUGAUAAAAAGAAAGCUCGGUGCAGCAACCACCACCACCUUAUUCCCCAUAAUUUCUUGUAAAUAUACCCCCUUCCCUUUUAGCCAUAUACAUGUGUAUUAUUAUUAUUAGUAUUAGUAUUAAAAAAGAAAGUGUUUACCUACUAAAACGCAUAUAAACAUAUUGAAUUAUGAAAUAUU